ACCGUGCAGAAAAGGCGAGUUAACGUGUGCCGCGGCUCGUUCAGGCCUCUUUUCCAAAGUUGAUUCCAUACUGUGCAGUGUUCUCUACCGGAGCUAAGGUCAUCAAAUUGACGACUUGCACGGUUUUUCGGUUCAAACAUGGCUCUCAACAAAGCUGAACUAGCCUGUGUGUACUCGGCGCUCAUCCUCGUCGACGACGAUGUUGCCGUGACCGAUGAGAAGAUCUCGACCAUCCUGAAGGCCGCCAACGUUGACAUCGAGCCGUACUGGCCCGGUCUGUUCGCCAAGGCCCUGGAGGGAAUCAACGUCAAGGAUCUGAUCACGAACAUCGGAUCCGGCGUCGGUUCCGGUGGUGGUGCCCCGGCUGCCGGUGGUGCUGCUGCGGCCGCUGCCCCUGCUGCCGCCGAGAAGAAGGAAGAGAAGAAGGAGGAAGAACCCGAAGAGUCCGACGACGACAUGGGCUUCGGUCUGUUCGGUUAGGUCUGUCCUUUUCUGUCCGCCUCCGUUCCCCCCUCAUCGGGAAGACUGGUGGGGUGGUCGGCGGAUGUUUGGGCGUAUUGCGGGAAAAGGAACGGGCGGGCCCACUAUCCUGUCUGGUUGGUUUCCCGACCGCCCCCAUCCGACGGCUGCACCACACUUUCGUACAGUUUUAAUGUACAAUUGUACAAAUAAAAAAAUAUUCGUUUCUGGUUGAACCGAAUUAAAAAAAAAUUCAAA